CCUCAUGAUCCGCUCCCUCCUCACUCUCCGCUCCGCCCCUCGACUCUUCUUUCCCCGUCUCUCCCUCUCACUUCUUCCCUUGCUCAUCAACGUGUGCCCGCUUCGAACUGCCCCUACCCCCGACCCCAUCAACCUCCAGUUCCAUCUCCGCUGUCUUUCCAUCUUCCAUCACCUGCCCUCCCUUCUUCCCCUGCCCUCCCCUUCUUCCCCUGCCCUCCCCUUCUUCCCCUGCCGUCGCUCUCCCCUUCACUCGCACUCCCCUUGCUGCCCGGCGCGUAGCGGCGCAGAGACAUCGGGGCGCGGGGGUCGUGGAGCGGUGAUGAUGCCCGGAAUCAGCGGAGCUCGGUGACCUCACACCGCAGCAUCGCAGGGAGUGCCGUCUCACCAGUGACUGCGCCAGGGCCAUCUUAGCGGCUUCUCCUACGAGGCCAUACUGUUAGGCCACACCACCGAUCUGCCCAUUCGUUGUUCACCGUAACUGGGUCACCGAACGCGGACUCCAUUUUAUACGAUCGCGCUACCGGGCCUCCCGAUCAGACCCCUCUUGCACGGCCACCCUACUGGCCUGGCCGCUUGUGCGGGCCACCGUACCCAGCCACCUUAGCUGCUGGCCAUCCCCGCUGGUUAUCCCGGAGCCAUCUGCCCUUCCCAACCACUCUAGCAGGACACCCUUACCCGGUCGCACUUCCACGCUUAGCGGCCACCAAAUUCCCCUGGGGCAGUCACGCAGUGGAGCCACGAUGGAAGCACAGGCCAAGUAUGACUUCACUGCCACGGCUGACGACGAGCUGAGCUUCAAGAGGGGCGACGUGCUGAAGGUGAUCAACGAGGACUGCGACCAGAACUGGUACAAGGCAGAACUCAACGGCAAGGAUGGAUUCAUCCCCAAGAACUACAUCGAGAUGAAGCCGCACCCCUGGUUCCACGGACGCAUCUCGCGCGCCAAGGCCGAGGAACUGCUUGCAUCCCAGCGCAACGAUGGCGCCUUCCUCGUGCGGGAGAGCGAGAGCUCUCCUGGGGACUUCUCCCUCUCCGUCAAGUUCGGUAACGAUGUGCAGCACUUCAAGGUGCUGCGGGACGGCGCCGGGAAGUACUUCCUGUGGGUCGUCAAGUUCAACUCGCUCAACGAGCUGGUGGACUACCACCGCAGCACGUCCAUCUCACGCACGCAGCACAUCCUCCUAAGGGACAUGGAGCAGCCACAGACGGAGGCGAGCUUCGUGCAGGCGCUGUUCGACUUUGAGCCGCAGGAGGAGGGCGAGCUGGAGUUCAAGAGGGGUGACUUCAUCCAGGUGGUGGACAACUCCGACCCCAACUGGUGGAAGGGCAAGUGUCACGGCGCGCUCGGCAUGUUCCCACGAAACUACGUGACCCCCGUGUCGCGCCACUGACCCCCCCACGGGCAGAGGUUCGGAGGUCUGAGCGCUGCCGCCCCGCUAAGCCUGCCCCGGCGCGAGCCGGCGGGCUUCUGCGAGGAGGUCAAAGCCACGAAGAGAGAGAGAGAGAGAGAGAAAAAAAGUUAAAUAAUGAUAUAAUAUUAUUAUUCAGAGUUUUAAAACCUACGUCGCUUUGACUUUGUCUCGUUAGCAUCUCAUGGUUUCCAUGUUUUACGUUAUUCUGCUCGUCCAGACCUUCCCGCGGCACUGUAGCGCUGUGUACACCGCUGCACUACGAUACAGUACGAGUUUGGCUUCGGUGGAUCCGACAGGGUUUUUUUUAAUUACAGUUCGUAACGAGAAGGGGGAUUAUUUUAUUUCUUUCAGCCAACCUUUACUAAAUCAUGAUAAUGCCUUUCAAAGUAGACAGCGUUAAACGUGAGUCGUCUGCCUGACGGCAGGCAGGAGUGUCGUGUACCUAUUUAUGGAGGAGGUGAUGAUGAUGAUGAUGUCGCGCGACUCCUGGGGUCAGCUUACCGCCAACAACGCCACACUUUUUGUAUUUUUUUAUUUUCAUUAUCACUCCCGGUCGUGCUCGGACAACCCAAUCUCACAGCCGCCUCUUCUGACGACGGGAUCCGCACGGAGUUUUGUUUUUAUUUUUGCCUAAAGCCUCUGGCGGCGUCGCGUUCUCUCGCGGAUUGUUGGACUGUGCCAUGCAGGGACAGAAGCGGCAAGUCGGCCCCUCCGUGGAGCCACACGACCCCAUCAUCCUGUGGGGGGGGGGGGGGGGGGGGGAGGGGCGGGGGGGGGGGGGCCUCGAAACCCAGCGCGUGGCGUGUAAAGCGAUUCCUGUUUUUGUAUAAAACCUGCGUGUUUUUUGUGACGGCGUGAUUCUGCAUGUCCCGUGUGUGUGUUAUUGUACUGAACUCCAGUGACUCGUCCCCUGCUCACCACGGUCACAAAGUGCAUGUCUUUUCAUAAAAAUCGAUGCAUUCUUGCUUAAUAAACUCCAAAAAUGUAUACAUAAACUACAGUAUUAUGAAA